AUGAUCCUCAAAGAAGGCCUUCUGGAAGAGGACGAGGCCAGAUAUUUGGCCUCCUACAAUCACAGCGCUUCGCCCGCACGUGAUGGGAGCGGGAGCUGGGUGAAGCCGCAGGCGGGCUUCAGCCGCCGUGCCGGUGGCAUGCUCAGCAUGCUGGCCCAAGGCUUGUGGCCAGGAUGCUGGCGAGGUUUCCUGAUUGUACUUGGUAUGGAAGACACGGAAGACGAGCAUCCCCCCAUCAGGGAUGCCUUGUUGGAGCCAUCCGGCACAAGUGAGGUAGUGACGUUUGUGCUGUCGCUGGCGGCCUUUCUGCUGCCGCGCUGGCUGGCGGCGCUCUGCGUGGUGGUGAUCGUUGGCAUCCUUUGUCGGCUCAAGGGUUCCCUUGGCGUGCUGCUGUUGAGCGUGUUAGUUGGAAAGAUCCACAAGAACCACCACGAGCGGGCCGUGAUUUACUACAGUUGGACGCUUGGACCGCUUGGAAGCUUCAGAAUUCCGGUAGACGACCUAGACUACGGAAGCUUUUUGAGGUUCCCCUGCUGGAAGUUGCUGCUCUGCUUGUUGGGUGCAGUGAGCGGUGGCUUGGUAGGGCAUCAUCUUUGGGAGCACUACUGGCAGCAGUAUUCGGAGGUCUCCCUCUUGAAGGCCUACCGCGGCAUCGACCCCUCGGUGGUCCCGGGCACGCAGAUCCAGGACGCGGGCGCCGUGGACUUCGUGUCCAGCGCGGGCAUCGACUCGGAGCACGCCGGGUGCUUCAUGAAUGCCGGCCGCACUUAUUGCAUCGCACCCAUCGUCACCAACGGGACCAUGCUCCACAACAUUGGCGGAGCGCCCCGCUAUGGGAGCUAUGACUACUUUGCUGUCGGGGUCGACUGCUGCAGCUGUCCAGACAUCAACUUCCGCUGCGGUGCUUGGCGCCACCCCUGGGCUGAGGGCGGCAUCCGCUCCACCGAUCUCGAAGCACGGCCCUUCUACAGGCUCGCAGUGGAGGCUUGGGCCAGCUCCUAUCGGAAGACUGCAGCACAUCCCUUGUUCUUUGAGUGGGUGGAGUCGCCCGUAGCGCACUGGACGCUGGGCUUUGGACGAGUUCUGUGGGUGUUGAAUGAUAAUGAGGUCUUCACAGCUUUUGUUUCAAUUGGCUAUCCUUACGACAAUUUCAAGGUGCUACUCAUGCCAAGCUUCGCCAUUGCAAAAAUUGGCCGCAUCCUGCAACGGCAUGAUGCGCUCUGUCUGGCUCUGAGAGCAACUCCCUCGAAGACACUGCGGCAGAACUUCUGGAAAGGCCUGGCCUUCUCAGUUCUGCUCUUCUCUGGUGCCAUCUUCGCCUUCAGCUUGACCUUGGCGCGGCUUCAGCAGGCGCUGGUGGUGCAUGGCUGGGCUUCGCCCUGGUGCACUCCAGCGCCGCCGCAGGGCUUUGAGACCGCCUGGGAGCGCUGGUUGCCAGAGAUGAUGGAGAGCUAUAAGGUGGGGCGGCUAUGGCAGGUCACACCUGGUGUGAAAAACAAAGGAGAGGGAGACCUCCCAGGGAGACCUACAACCCAUCAAGUUUCCAACGACCCAUCAAGUGUCCGACACUCACAUCAUGUCCGACACUCACAUGUCUCAUGGGGCUGA